AAGAAAAAAAGAAAAAAAAAGUAUUGUUUCCCAACAUUAACGCAAACAACAAAACGAGGCCACAAAAAACAAAUCUCCAACUACUUGUUUAAAUGAAGGAUGAAAACGUCGUGCUACUUUAUUUUGAAAGUAUAACCGGACGUGAUCUCAUGCCAUGCUGGCUGCCUUGACGCGGUCCAAUGAUAAAACAGAGCAGCAGCAGCAGCAGCGGGCAGCUGGUCGUCAAUGUGCCUCACAGUGUCGGUGACACACUCCGGUUUCUCCUGAACGUCUGUCGUGUGAAACAAAAGAAAGAAAGUGAGAGGACCAAACGAGGACUCACUCUGUUCACUCACUACACUCUACUGCUCUUCCCACCGGUGACUGAAGCGGCUUCGUACUCUCUCACAAGUUCACAGAAAGUUGGAACGCUUUUGUCUGCAACAUGUGGAGCCGACCUUCGUUUGUUGUUAGAAGCUAAGUCCAAGCCUGUUUUACUGUUCGCCAGCACCGUCGCACGAAGAAAACCCCUGAAACAGACAUCGGUCAGUGUUCACGGCAGAGGAAGGUCAAUGGAACCUCAGCUGCUGUGCUGUGAGGGAGACAGGCCUGCCAUCCGGAGGGCCUACCGGGACUCCAACCUACUGACUGACCGGGUCCUGCACACUCUGCUACGCGCAGAGGACAAGUACCUCCCGGCUCCAAACUACUUCAAAUGCGUCCAGAGAGAAGUGGUUCCGUACAUGAGGAGGAUAGUGGCUACCUGGAUGUUGGAGGUGUGUGAGGAGCAGAAGUGUGAGGAGGAAGUGUUCCUCCUGGCUAUGAACUACAUGGACCGGUUCUUGUCAGUAGAACACACCAAGAAGAGCCAUCUGCAGUUACUGGGGGCUACAUGUAUGUUCCUGGCAUCCAAACUUAAGGAGACAAUCCCACUCACUGCUGAGAAACUCUGCAUCUACACAGAUAACUCUGUAGCACCAUCUCAACUGCUGCAAAUGGAGCUUCUGGUCUUGAACAAACUGAAGUGGGACCUGGCUUCAGUCACCCCUCUGGACUUCAUUGACCACUUCCUGUCUCAGCUGCCUGUCAGGACAGAGAACAGGUCCAUACUCAGGAAGCAUGCACAGACGUUUGUAGCACUGUGUGCCACUGAUGUUAAAUUCAUAGCCAGCCCUCCGUCCAUGGUAGCAGCAGGCAGUAUGGUGGCUGCAGUGGAGGGCUUACAGAUGAGAAUGGUCGGCAAUGCCAUGAUGUCUCAGAAACUGACUGAGCAGCUAGCACAGACCAUCAGGAGUGACCCGGACUGUCUCAGGGCUUGUCAGGAACAAAUCGAGUCUUUGCUGGAAACCAGUCUCAGACAGGCACAACAACCCAACAACUCUGUUACCAUAGAAGAAACUAAGAACAUCAGUGACGGGCAGGACCUCUCUACUACGCCCACAGAUGUCAGGGACGUAAACAUCUGAUUGAGGACUGCCAGUCAUGAUGUUGGAUGAGAAAAGAGUAGCAGGUUUAACCGAUGAAGUGUACACAAACACACAGACACACACACUCACUCUCUUUUGUGUGUGUUUUGGAGUGCUCCUACAGUACGUGACUGGACUCAACAGUGGUUCGGAAUUGUUAAUAUGAAUUCCAGUCCAAUGUGGCAGGGACCAGAAAAAAGCUGGAAAGAAGACAUUAAUAGACUGGAAUUCAGCCAACAAUGUGUAAUGUGUGUGUUAAGUGUGGCCUUUUAACUGUGGGUAACAUGUUGUUUCAAAGCCUGGCAUGUCUGUCUGUCAUGAUCAUAAUUUGCCUAGCCUGAGACUGAUGAGUGUGAUCAGACAUCCCUGGACCUGUAUUCAUCAAACAUUUAAAAAUGAUACUAAGAAUGCUCUAAAAACACAACUCGAUGCCAUAAAAAAACUGAGCAAUAAGACUCGUUAAGAUUUGUCAUGUGACUCAUACU